AUGGACGUCAAUAGUUUCGCUCCCAUCACCGUCUGUAUGUUUGUACUUCUGAUAUUACUGGCUGUUUUGGCAAUUCUUGGAAAUGGCUUUGUUCUUGGUGUUAUUGCUCGGUUUAAGAUGUUUCGUACCUUCCCCAACAUUCUGACUGCCAACCUGGCGUUGGCCGAUUUUUUGAACGCGCUUAUCAACAUACCAAUCUACUUGCUCUGGGCUGUCCUGAGAGUUAAAUGGUUUACAGGAAAGACUUUGGCGAUUGUUUCGUUUUUCCUCUCCAACCUCAGUAACCUCCUUAAAAUCGCCUGCAUGAUGGUGCUGCUGAUAAACGUCUUCCUGGCGAUAGAACUAGAACUGAAAUAUUUCUCCUGGAAGACAAAUAAAAAAGCUUUGUUAAUAAACUUGGUUAUAUGGUUGGUCUGUGUUACUGCCACUGUCUCGCGGUCAAUUUUUCAUUCUGGUGACGAUUUUCAAGAUGCCCCUGUUUUCAAAUAUCGCCUUGCAUUUGCAGCUGAAGCCAGAUACGCCCACAUAGCAGCCACUUCAAUUUACAUCUUCACUUCAGUAGUAUUUGGAGCCCUGGUUUUCUGCUCAGUGCAAAGAAAGAAACGACAGGUGAGACAAAAAGUUAGAUUGGAAUUGUUUACGUUUCGUCGAUUUUCUCUCCGUUCCGGACUGAAUAUUCUUAUUUUUCUGCUGAUUUUGGGUUGAAAGUAUUCUUGGAUUAUUCUUACGUAAUGGUUUGAUGACUUUUUCGUUUUAAAAGAUAUUGGGGUACUAGUUAAUUGCGGUUAAAGUAGGUUAUUUCGUUUUGGUGACCAGUUUUGCCGCUUAGAGAAAAGAAUAGUGUCAUUGUAUUGUAUUAACAGAUUUUUCAACACACAAACCUAUAUCCUUUUCAAAAUCUCAGCCUUGAGUUUAUUAUCAUAUUCGUAAAAUUCGCUAAUAGCAGCCUCGAUAUUCUCAUAAAAUAUUUAUUGAAAACUGAAUCAUUUGAUAAUGCAAUUCUAGCAUUUUGAUUGGCUUAGCCAUUAUGGUAUAUGAGCUAUUAGUAAAAUCCAACUAGUGGUCUAUUAUGAAUGCUGCGUUCUGAUUGGUUGAGCUACUACUAGGCCGGGGGGCUAUAUGUUAUAGCCCACUAGUAGCGAAAAGCGCCGGCAAUUUGGCGAGCAAAAAAUGAUUUAAGUCUAGCUUUAACCAGCUUCGAUAUUUUUGACCAACUAGUUGGAUUUUACUGAAACAAUAAUUAUUCCCCUCGCCCUCAUGGCCUCUGAGUCUAAGGAAUAAUUGUUAAUUAUACCAUGCUCUCCAUAUAUGCUCGCGCUUGUUGGAUAUGAGAUGAUUAUAGCCAACUCGGUGCUAAACGCCUCGUUGGCUGGAAUAAUUGUUAAUUAUUCUUAUAUAAAAAAUGAAUCGGAUUACAGGAAAAUAACAAUACAUUCCGAGAAAGUUAGUUGUGGGCCAAUCAGCAGCUCGUAAAAAAACAAUGAGUUACGUGGAACUUACUUAAAGCACAAAAUUGAUAAUAAUGACAGCAAACGUUUUUCAAGAAGCAGAAUGUUUCACCAGGUAAUCGACACUUUACAUACAACACCCUGGAGACAUAUUUAUUUGACACAAGUUUGCCGCGCUUCACAAUAACAUGCGAUCUCAAGUCAAGAAGAUAACUGACGUUUACGUUUUUUGCCGCCUUCAUUCACUCUAACGGACCUCUCAGGAAACAUAGGCUUCCUUCAGAGGGUUCAAAAGGUCACUUCUGUAGGUUGUAAUUGGGUGAUUUCGAUCAUAGGCGUACGGGAAAUUAUCGUAUACCGUAUACUGGGGUUCCACGGUACAUGAUUAAUGAUCACUCAGCCGUCGACCUAGACCCCUGCUUUCAGUAGACGAACUUAUUGUACUCGAUAUAUACCUAACGUUUUUACUGUAAAUAGGGCUCAAAAUUACUACUAUUAUGAAGAUGUUAACAGAUGCAUUUUAGGCGUGUUGCAUUCAAAAUGAAAACGAUGGUAUUCCUUUUAUUCGCAGAGAAAAAGACUCAAACUGCCUCGACUCCAAGCUGAGGCCAGAUUCCAACUGCAUAUCCGGGCUGCCAAAACUGUGGCCAUCACUAUCCUUGCAUUCAUUGCGUGUUAUACUCCACCUGCUUUGAUUGCAGCCUGGCUAAGUCGUCCCGUCGGAUCCACUAGUGUGGCUUGGCCUGGUCACCUAGCCUUCUCUUGCAUAUUCUCAACCAGCGCGAUUAAUCCAGUCAUCUAUUGUUUUAGAGCUCGAAAGUUUCGCCGUGCCCUGAAACAGCUUCUUCAAGAUCCUUGCGGAAAAACGGCUUUCCUAAAAACCAACCACAAGCAACAAGUCAAACAGAAUGUUCCACGUAUGAAUGCAAGAGGGGCUGCAAAAGGCAGGAAAGCUGAGAAUGAAUCUGAAGAUGCCAGAAAUAUACAUACAGCCUAUGCAUCUCUUCACCAGCUGCCUCGUAAUCCCGACCACUGCAGAGGUGAAAUAGCUUGCAGAAUAUGUGCCUUUGACAAAGGGAGAAAUGGUCUAAGUAAAGAAGAAGAAAAUGGAGCAUGCUUGCGGAAUCAAGUCAUGCCUUACUUAAAACGUUCCUCAGACUUUGCAGAGACAAGUUCCAGAGAAGAAAAUUCAACAAGCUUCAACAACACGACACGAUCACAAGCGACUCUUUUUGACUGUGGAGGUACACCCAGAACCUAA